AUGACGCCGUCGUCCGGCGCGUCGUCGACGCGCGCGGACGAUGGUGCUACCGCUGAGGUCGCCGUUCGCGUCGUCGCGCGCGCGACGACGCGCCCGCUCGGUCGCGGUGCCGUCGCGCUCGCGACGGCGUCCACGGCGGCGGUCGCGCGCGAAUUGUACCGCGCGACGACGCCCACGGCGCAGUUCGCGAGCUACGCCGCGCGAGUCGUCUGGCUGCGCAAAGCCCGACGACGACGCGGCCCGCUGGUCGCGGCGUGCGUGUGCGCGGGAGAGAUGUAUCGCGUCAACCACCGCGGACGACGAACGUUGGGAUUUUUAAAGGCGAACGCGGUCGGGACGCGAAGACGAAGGAUCGAAACGCUCGUCGUCAAGGCGUUGGCGACGAUGACGAAGGGGCUGGCGUCGAGUAAGCCGCUGCCGACGAUCACGGGACGCGUGGCGCUGCUCGUCGCGGCGUCGGCGCCGUAUAAAUGUUUCGUGCGGAAGUUUGCGAAAAUGGCGGCGCGCGUGUGCAAGAUUCCGGCGGUGCGGAUAAAGCUGCAGCGACACGCGAAGCGGUUGGGGAAGUUGUUGGCGAAGAAUAAGGUGAAGAAUGAGGUGAGUUCGUAUAGGGCGGCGGUGAACGAGGCGUGGGAGGUUUUGGAGGAGACGUUGCCGAGGGACGUGCUGUACGCGAUGCGGCACGCGGAGGGACAGCUGAGCACCAUCGCGCGAUUCACGGGGGCUAGGAACAGACGAAGGCGUCGACGUGGAUCGGGAACGGGGACGAACGGAGAGUACGCCAGUGACGAAGACAUAGGUAGCGAUGAAGAGAGCGACGACGAGAGCAUCAAUCAAUCGAGAGAGUACGCCGAAAGCCAUAGGCAAAGGCACGCGCUGCUGCGCCCCGUCGGUUGGGUCAAGGGCGGAAUGAAUAGAUUACAACGACUGCCAGCCGCCGUGUACACUGGUGUGGUGGCGACAGAUACUGGAUACGGGAACGCACUGUUAAUUCCCCGCGAAUACGAGAUUCACGCUUUGAAAAAUAAACUCUCGCCGACCGCGAGAGCCAAGUUCACCGACACCCAACUCGCGGCUUUCUUGUUACAGUGGAAGCACACGUCCGCCGCGGCGCAAGCCGUGGAACGAUCGUUGCAAUGGCGCAGAAGGUAUGAGUUCUUGACCGACGCCAAGCUGAAGCAGUUUGAGAACGUGGUAUACAUUCACGGUCCGAAGCAAAGCUGGAGCGGCGGUUAUCAACUCGUGCUGAGACUUCGAGCCGCCAUGGACGCAGUGGGCAUGGAAGGCUUGGACGAAGUCGUUGCCGCGGUGAUGACGCACGCCGAGCAGGAGUGGAUGCGGUUGAAGAAGUCAAAUGGUGUCAUGCGAGGUCGUUUGGUGGCGCUCGUCGAUUGCUCGGGUAUCGAUUUGACUUCGCUUCCGAUUUCCCUCGUCGCCACGACUCUCGUGACGCUCGACGCCAACUACCCGGAGCUGGCGUGCGAGGUGCAUUGCAUCAAUGUGUGGUGGCUCAUGAGACGUGCGUUGCAAAUAUUACUCGAGGUCGUGAGUAGUAGCACAAAGGGACGCAUUUUGAUUUACCAAGCGGACGACGAUGGCAUCGAAAAGCUGCAUGAAAAGUUUUCGCCCCACAUCUUGCCUCGUUGCAUCGUGGGUGGUAAGUGUCACUGCGUCAAGUGCAAGCAUGAACCUUUCGUUCCAAGACCGCCGCGACGAGCUUUAGCGGGCUCGUGGCGAGGUCUUACGUGGCAGCAAAUGUCUGGGUCACAGCGUCGUCAGUACUUGAGACACUUGGCCGUGUACUCCGUCGCGCUCGUCGUUUUCUAUCCGAUGUUCUACUUCAGAAUGACGAUUCAUCCCGUCAUGGCAACGACGAUCGCUAUGAUCCGGCGUUCGGGUUUCCGCGAGCGCGCUUUCGUCGCCACGCUUUUCGUAUCACUCGUCAUGGCCUUCUUCACGUGGCAGUUCAUCACCACGACAGGACUGUUGGAAGAUUACCUGAACUUGAUUCCGGCUAUGCUUCCAGCCAUCCGUUCGAGAGACGCGCUUCCGCUCGUCGACGAAUAG